GAGAACAUUCAGUCAUCAAUAUGAGCAACUUCAGGCAGAUCCUAAAGGAGGUUGGGGAGUUUGGUUUGUUUCAGAAACGGUUAGUGGCUUUACUAUGCAUCCCCAGCAUAUUUGUAGCUUAUGAUGUGAUCGGUCAGGUGUUUACGGGAAUGAUCUUUCCGCAUCACUGUAACACUGACUGGAUCUUGGAGCGUGGGCCGAACCUGACAGAUGAGAGACGAAGAAAUCUCACCAUCCCGGUCAACAAGGAUGGAAAGUAUGAAAGCUGUAAAAUGUUCACACCUGUGGAUUUGGAUUUGGAAACUAUUCAAGCAUAUGGGAUUAACACUACAACAGGAUGCAUAAAUGGAACAGAUUUUGAGGGACCCAAAGGAGCCUCCAGCAUUUUCACAGAUUUCAAUCUGGUGUGUGUAAGGAGCAGCUUUAUUGAAGUUUCACAGUCCAUCUACAUGGCCGGUCUCCUGGUAGGAGCGCUGGUGUUGGGGCAGAUGGCUGACAGGUUUGGCCGGCGCUUCGUGGUCUUGCUGUCACUACUUCUCCUAAUGCUGUUUGGUGCUGGAACUGCUUUCUCACCCAACAUCUAUGUUUAUAUGGUCCUCAAAUUUUUAGGUGGCAUCUCCGUUUCAGGCGUUCUUGUGAAUGCAUUUGUGAUAGGUGGAGAGUGGAGUGACUCCUCCAAGUUUGCAUUCUGCACCAUCAUCUGCCACUCUACUUAUCCUCUGGGACUGAUGCUGUUGUCUGGAAUGGCCUAUUUGAUCCGCAACUGGAGGAUCCUGCAGCUGGUGCUAUACUGCCCUCUUCUGCUUGUCCUGGGAAUCUUUUACUGGAUUCUCCCAGAGUCAGCUCGCUGGCUCAUCACCCAGGGCAGGAAGGAGCAGGCUAUAAAGGAAGUCCACAGGGCAGCCAAGGUGAACGGGAGGAAGGUCCCGGAAGAUCUGCUAGACAAGCUGGAGGUCGAGGAAACAUCCAAAAGAGGAAGCAUGUUGGACAUCUUCAGGUUAUCAUAUCUGAGAAAACGUGCAAUCAUAAUGAGCUUCGUGUGGUUUGCAACAAGUCUGCUAUUCUAUGGACUGAGCCUGAAUGUUGGUAAUUUCGGAGUGAAUAUCUACCUCACACAGUUCAUCUUUGGUGCAGUAGAAGUUCCUGCACGUCUGGGCAGUUUGCCUCUUAUCCAGCGCUUUGGGAGGAAAUUGAUUCUAUCAGGGACCCUGUUGUUUGGAGGCGCUGCUUGUCUUGGGAUACUUGGUGUUCCUGAAGACCUUCCUGUGGUGGUCACAGUCAUAGCCGUACUGGGAAAAUUCGCUGCCACUGCCAGUUUUGCCAUUAUCUAUGUCUAUACUGCAGAAUUAUACCCCACCACUCUAAGGCAGAAUGGUGUAGGUCUAAACUCCAUGUGUGCUCGUGUGGCGGGCAUCCUCGCUCCACUGAUCAGGCUUCUGGGCACCCACCAUUCCACCAUCCCCAUGCUGAUAUAUGGCAGCGUCCCCAUUGUUGCUGCAGGUUCCUCUUUAUUACUGCCUGAAACCCUGAAUGUUGAACUGCAGGACCACGCUGAACUCAAAAAACUUGAGAAUGGUCCUGAGAUGGGAUCUGUUACGAAAGAGGAAAAUUCAGGAAAGAGCACAAAGAUGUAAUUUAUAUGGACGUGUUGCUUUUCACAGAAUCGUGUUUAACAUAAUUUUAUUUUUUGUUGUUAAAAUCUGUUAAAAAUGUUUUACUACCACAGAAGUUGUAGACCGUUUUAAAGCUGGGAUUUGUCAACACAUUAAAUUAUAUAUACAGUACAGGCCAAAAGUUUGGACACAC